AUGUCCAACCAAACAAUCGAAUCCAUAUCUCUCUCUCUCUCUCUCUCUCUCUCUCUCUCUCUCUCUCUCUCUCUCUCUCUCUCUCUCUCUCUCUCUCUCUCUCUCUCUCUCUCUCUCUCUCUCUCUCUCUCUCUCUCUCUCUCUCUCUCUCUCUCUCUCUCUCUCUCUCUCUCUCUCUCUCUCUCUCUCUCUCUCUCUCUCUCUCUCUCUCUCUCUCUCUCUCUCUCUCUCUCUCUCUCUCUCUCUCUCUCUCUCUCUCUCUCUCUCUCUCUCUCUCUCUCUCUCUCUCUCUCUCUCUCUCUCUCUCUCUCUCUCUCUCUCUCUCUCUCUCUCUCUCUCUCUCUCUCUCUCUCUCUCUCUCUCUCUCUCUCUCUCUCUCUCUCUCUCUCUCUCUCUCUCUCUCUCUCUCUCUCUCUCUCUCUCUCUCUCUCUCUCUCUCUCUCUCUCUCCGGCCAAUAUCAUAGACACUCAAAUUGGCCCCUCUCUCUCUCUCUCUCUCUCUCUCUCUCUCUCUCUCUCUCUCUCUCUCUCUCUCUCUCUCUCUCUCUCUCUCUCUCUCUCUCUCUCUCUCUCUCUCUCUCUCUCUCUCUCUCUCUCUCUCUCUCUCUCUCUCUCUCUCUCUCUGUCUCUCUGUCUCUCUCUCUCUCUCUCUCUCUCUCUCUCUCUCUCUCUCUCUCUCUCUCUCUCUCUCUCUCUCUCUCUCUCUCUCUCUCUCUCUCUCUCUCUCUCUCUCUCUCUCUCUCUCUCUCUCUCUCUCUCUCUCUCUCUCUCUCUCUCUCUCUCUCUCUCUCUCUCUCUCUCUCUCUCUCUCUCUCUCUCUCUCUCUCUCUCUCUCUCUCUCUCUCUCUCUCUCUCUCUCUCUCUCUCGCCGCCUCCCCUCCGCUCCGCACACUCGCCAAACCCAAACCCUCCGCAAGUGGUCUCGUCUUGAUCAGCCUCGAAUGCCCUCAUUCUGGCGGCUGCCCUGAUGAGUUCCCUCGAAACUCGGACCCCGCAGACCCUCCUCGGACACCGACCUCCGUAUUCCCCCCACCCGUCAUCAUCCACCCCUCCUUAUUCCCCCAAUAG